AUGUUUGACGGGAGCAUCGCCAAGAAAGCGUCCAUGUCCAGCGGCGACGAUCGGAUCAGCGCCCUUCCAGACGGCGUCCUCGAGCACAUCCUUGGCUUCCUUCCGGCGGAAAGCGCGGUGCAGACGAGCGUGCUCGCCCGGCGCUGGCGCCAUGUCUGGACGUUCAUGCGUCGCCUCAACAUCUACUCCAAAACGAGUGUCAAUGAUUCGAAAGAUUUCAUAUACCCUCUCCUGCUUCUCCGUGACAACAAAUCGACUCUGGGUGAGGUCAGAUUCCACUUUCGUGGGUUCAUAGAAGCUGUGCAUAUCAACAUGUGGAUCCGGCAGGCUUUAUUGUGCCAAUCCAAGGUGCUUGUUGUCACUUUCACCAUACUCGACCGCCCUCUGAUCUCCAGGCAUUUGAGAAAAUUGGUGCUCUUUGCUAUAUUGUUAAUUGGAAACAUUCUUGAUUUUGCAAGCUGUCCAGCUUUGGAGGAUCUUAGGAUAUCACUUUGUACGUUCUUCGUUGACAAGAUCUCAUCCAAGUCUGUAAAGCGUUUGAGCAUCUACCAUGGUAAAUCUCGCUGUGAUUUCCGGACCCGCAUUUCUAUCCCUAGCCUUGUUUGGCUGCAGAUUGAUCAUUUGGAUGGUAAAGCCCCUUUGCUUGAAAGCAUGCCUUUGCUGGAAACUGCAUUUGUGAACAUCUCCUCUCAGGCUGAGUACUGUGAAAGAGGUAGCUGA